GGAGUAACGCGGGUCUUUGGUAGGUGGCGACUCCUCAGAACCAGACGAGGACGGCGGUGUUUGGUGGGAGAGCGUCAAUCUUCUCAUUAUAUCUUCAAUUGAUCUCACUCACCUCUAGCGAAACCGAGGGAGGAAAGCAGAGAAAUGGAGAUGGCCCAAUCGUCAAUAGCGAAGGGAGUUUCCACCUACCCCCGGUCCUCACCUUCGCCGCGUUUCUCCCCGGCACGGCGGCAAGCUCUGCUUUCCUCUUCAAUUAGGCUAGGCUCCGUUUCCGACCGGAAGGGAUUCUCUUCUUUUAGAAAAGUAGACAGCCGGAGGUUGCACGACCAUGUUACAGUGUCGCCCAUGAAAUCCUUUAGGAUUUCGGCCUCGGUGGCGACGGCCACUGAAAAGCCUUCGACGGUGCCGGAGAUCGUGCUGCAGCCCAUCAAUGAGAUCUCGGGCACAGUUAAGCUUCCCGGAUCCAAGUCGCUGUCCAAUCGGAUCCUGCUUCUUGCAGCGCUAUCGGAGGGAACUACUGUUGUUGACAACUUAUUGGAUAGUGAUGAUGUCCGAUAUAUGCUUGCAGCUCUCAAAACCCUUGGCCUUUCUGUAGAGGAUGAUCCUUCGGCAAAAAGAGCAACUGUUGUUGGAUCCGGGGGACAAUUUCCUGUAGGAAAAGAUUCCAAAGAAGAGGUUCAGCUUUUUCUGGGCAAUGCAGGAACUGCAAUGCGCCCUUUGACAGCAGCUGUAACAGCAGCUGGUGGAAAUGCAAGCUACGUCCUAGAUGGUGUUCCACGGAUGAGGGAGAGACCUAUAGGAGACUUAGUUGAUGGCUUGAAGCAACUGGGUGCGGACGUUGAUUGUUUCUUGGGCACAAAGUGCCCACCUGUUCGUGUUAAUGCUAGGGGAGGCCUUCCAGGGGGCAAGGUUAAGCUCUCUGGAUCUAUUAGCAGCCAGUAUCUGACUGCAUUGCUCAUGGCAUCUCCCCUUGCCAUUGGAGAGGUGGAAAUUGAGAUUAUUGAUAAGCUAAUUUCAAUCCCGUACGUUGAAAUGACUCUGAAAUUGAUGGAACGUUUUGGUGUCACUGUAGAGCAUUCUAGCUCCUGGGAUAGGUUUUUCAUCAAGGGUGGUCAGAAAUACAAAUCACCUGGAACUGCUUAUGUUGAGGGAGAUGCUUCAAGUGCUAGUUAUUUCCUAGCUGGCGCAGCUGUCACCGGCGGAACUGUCACUGUGGAAGGCUGCGGCACAAGCAGCUUGCAGGGUGACGUUAAGUUUGCCGAGGUACUCGAGAAAAUGGGAGCUAAGGUUUCUUGGACUGAGAACAGUGUCACUGUUACUGGGCCGCCUAGAGAUCCUUCCAAGAGGAUGAAUUUACGGGCCGUUGAUGUGAACAUGAACAAAAUGCCUGAUGUUGCCAUGACGCUGGCUGUGGUAGCUCUGUUUGCUGAUGGCCCAACAGCCAUAAGAGAUGUUGCUUCCUGGAGAGUGAAGGAAACCGAACGAAUGAUAGCCAUUUGCACAGAGCUCAGAAAGCUGGGAGCUACAGUUGAGGAAGGUCCUGACUACUGUGUGAUCACCCCACCAAAGAAAUUGAAUCUCACAGCCAUCGACACCUACGAUGAUCACAGAAUGGCCAUGGCUUUCUCCGUUGCUGCCUGUGCUGAUGUUCCUGUGACUAUUAAAGACCCGGGCUGCACUCGAAAGACCUUCCCAGACUAUUUUGAUGUCUUGAAGAGGUUUACAAAGUACUAAUCAAAGGCUAGCCAUGUAGGGAAAAUUAUUAUGUCCGGUGUCCGGAUUCGUCCGGACACCAAUCCAGACGCGCUACGUCACUCAGAUACACCCAAGGCCCAGUGUACCCGUGUGAUGUGGUGCGUCUGGAUUGAAUGUCCGGAUGGUCCGGUCACCUGACGUAAUAAUUUGCCAGCCAUGUAGACAUCCAGGUUUCAAGGAUGUCUUAUGUAAGUGGUUUCCGGUUGUGUUGUAUGAUAAAAGCAUUUGUUGUUGCUUCUAAGGGCAUAAAUAUUGUCAUCUUUAUGUUUAUUUCGAAACUAUUAUUAUUUGUCUGAGUCUCA